AUUUUCCCGAGUUUGCCCUCCGGAUUACAGUUUAUUCACAUCGCGCGUCAAAGCGAAGCCGGAGCCAUGAACGUGUGAAUGUGCCUGAAGGAACUAUAACAUCAGCUGGGUCAGAUUAGGCAGUGCUGCGAUAGGUCAACCUUGACUCUUCACUCCUACAUUCUAAUGAGGCCACGGCGAUGCUGACAUCCCCUCUGAAUCCAAAGACAUCAUCAUGCUAAAGACGGAGGCCUCGGGGGAGAGGACCAGCCUCCGGAGUGCCUCCCCCCACCGUAAUGCCUACCGGGCUGAGUUUCAGGCGCUCAAGAAGGCCUUUGACCAGCCUCGGAUCGAUGGGGACUCCAAGCCCAAAGACCUCGAACAGGUGAAACGGCCAAGGGGCCGGCAAUAUGGCAGCCAUGUCAGUCGCAUUAAGGACAUGUUCAUGCAGAUGGGCUCAGACAAUACCCCAUCUAAAGCCAGAGGGUAUGAUGAUUCCUCGCCACAAAAGCUGGUCAAGCCCACCAACUUCAUCAACCAGGCCGAUGGAUCAGUGAUAAAACUCCAGCAUUCCUCUUCAGCUGACAGGGUUGGAGGCGCUGGGGCAAAGUUCUCUGAAACCAGGAAGCUGUUUGAGCAGCAGUCACGUGACCAGUCCCAGUCACCAGUCUUUCCAUAUGGACGUGAUAAAAGAGGUUCCCAUGAGCACCUCGAUGACUGGCGAGGUGCAAGGUCAAACAGAGGCAGUACAGACUCCUUGGACUCGCUUUGCUCCAGAACAGAGGCGUCCUCGCCAACUGUUAGUCAACUCAGUGCUGUUUUUGAAAACGCCGACCAGCACAACCAAGGUGCGCCGUACAGAGGGGUCAGCAGACGGGCCCUCUACUCACCAGACCAGUUCCACCGCCAUGGAGGUGAGCUCAGUGAGGAUGAUUCACGACAAUCUCCAGUUCGUGGAAGCUACCGCAGCAAGACUGGGGGAAAGUUUCCCACAUCCUCGUCUUCUGAGGACCUCCUGAGCCCCAGUCCUGGGACAGAGACUUCGGCGAUGAAACCAGUACCUCAAAAGGAGGAAGCCCAAGACAAAGCAGACAAGGUUGCGCCUUCAGGCGGAGAUAAACGCCGUCUUUCUGGGGUCACCACCAACGGAACCCAGGUCAAUGGUUCUUGUGAAGAAGAGGAGAAACCCUCAGAAACAAGACAACAUAUUGAGGAUGUAGGGGUGUCCAAAGCUUCAAAACCUACAGAUGACAAAGCCUUUGAAGAUGCGACCCCUGAGCCACUGCCGACCCCAACUACACCAGCAGGGGAAAGCCAGGAGGACGUCGAUGGUUCGAGGGACGAGAAGCUCUCUGACUCUCCCAAGGAGCAGGUGGAAGAACCCGAUGAGGAAUACGCUGGGAAUGAGCGGGUGAUUUUUAAUGCAGACGGGGACGCCUGUUACCAGGGCUGGGGGGAAAGCUGCACAGAUCCUGAGGAUGACCUCUACGGAGACGAUGAGGAUAUUGUCUACGACCCGGGCUCUGACCUGACCGAGAUCCCUGGUCUACCACAGGAAAACGAGGAGGACGUCCCUCCAAAGAGGAAGAUUCGCUUCAGCACUUCUCCUAUCACAGUGUUCAACACCUACUCCAACGAGGACUACGACCGACGUAACGAAGAGGUGGAUCCUGUGGCCUCCUCCGCAGAGUACGAGCUGGAGAAGCGGGUGGAGAAACUGGAGCUCUUCCCUGUGGAGCUGGAGAAAGAUGACGACGGCCUGGGGAUCAGUAUCAUCGGGAUGGGAGUCGGUGCUGACGCAGGCCUGGAGAAGCUGGGCAUCUUCGUCAAGACCGUCAUCGAGGGCGGAGCUGCUGAGAGAGACGGCAGGAUCAAGGUGAACGACCAGAUCGUGGAGGUGGAUGGGACCAGUCUGGUGGGCGUCACCCAGAGCUUCGCCGCCUCCGUCCUCAGGAACACGUCCGGAGUGGUCAGGUUCGUGAUUGGCCGAGAGCGUCCGGGCCAGCAGAGCGAGGUGGCGACGCUCAUCCAGCAGACCCUCGAGCAAGAGAGGAGGCAGAGAGAGCUGCUGGAGCAGCAGUACGCCCACUAUGACGCUGACGACGAUGAGCAGACAGGAGAGUACGCCACGGACGAGGAGGAGGCGGGGACGACGGUGGCCGGCGGGGAGAAGAACAUCGAGGUGUUCGACUUGCCGGAGACGGAGGACAUCUUGUCUCCCUCCGAGCUGGACGCCAAUAAACUCUACCAGAAGUUCAGAGAGCUCCAGAUCAAACACACAGUGACCGAGGCCGAGAUCCAGAAGCUCAAAAACAAGUUGGCGUCGGUGGAGAGGGAGAAGCAGCGCUGGGAGAAGGAGAAGAGCCAGCUGAAGGCCAGCAUCGAGGAGAACAAGGAGAGGAUGCUGAAGCUGGAGAGCUACUGGAUCGAAGCGCAGACCCUCUGCCACACGGUCAACGAGCACCUGAAGGAGGCCCAGGCGCAGUACCAAGCUCUGGAGAAGAAGUACAACAAAGCCAAGAAACUCAUCAAAGACUUCCAGCAGAAAGAGGUGGAGUUCAUCCAGAAGGAGGAUGCAGAGAGGAAGCGGCUGGAGGAGGCUGAGAAAGCUCACCUGGCUGAGAUCCAGGGACUGCAAGUCAGGAUUGCAGCACUAGAGUCCGAGCUAAUGCAGCUGAUGAAGCAGAAUGGCAUCCAGGUCAACAACAACAACAGCAACAGUGCCGAGAGGCUGAGCGCUCAGCAGCACAGCCCGAAGAGGGCCGCAGCGCAAGCCAGAGACUUGAGGGAGGGCUCUCCCCUUUCACCCAGCAAAAAGAAGAGCUACAGGGGAGUCGCCCGAGACAGCAUCAGCUCCACCGAGGGAGAGGUCUCGGAGGGGCACGGCAGUCCGGCACACAGUCGCUGUGGUUCCAUUCGCAGUGUGGCCUCUUGUGAUGGAGGAGCUGCCUUCCUCAGGGCCCCUGGCAGCGCAGAAAGCUCCCCCAGACGAACGCUGCACCAUCCGUCCACCGCAGGAGCCCUCCAGGACGGGUCGAGCCCCUCUCAAAGUCUGGAGGAACACAGACUAGGUCUGGACCCUGGGUCGUCCCUCAGGAAAACUACAGAUCCCAGAGCCUCACCUGGAAACAGCUCCACAGAGCCGUCAGCAGAGGACAGUCCAGAGAAACUCAAGGCCAAGGGACCCGCUUUGAAUGAUGACCUGAGUGCCAGCAGCAGCAGCUCGGUGGAGAUCAGCGGGCUGCUGAGUGAAGCCAAGGUGUCUGGACGCUCACACACCCUGGCGCUCUCCUCAGAUGAGAUUCUGGAUGAGGGACAGUUUUCAAAGCAGCAUCAGUGGCAGAACCGCAGCAUCACAGAGUGGACCUCCCAGCAAGUUGCCCGCUGGCUCAUUGGCCUCAACUUAGAACACCAUAUCCCAGAAUUCACUGCCCAGAACAUCGAUGGAGAACGGCUGCUGCAGCUGGAGAGCCCUGAGCUCAAGGCGCUUGGAGUCACUUCUUCCCAGGACCGUGCCCUGAUCAAGAAAAAGAUCAAAGACCUUAAAGUUCUGAUGGAGAAGGCCAAGAGGAACCGAGAGAAGGUGGAGAAGCAGCGCGAGAAGCUGCGGAAGAGAGAGCUGGAGCAGCAGCAGCAGCAGCAGCAGCAGAGAGAGGCGCGCAAAGACAGCGCGGCGGAGUGACGUGGAUCGCCCGACCACCUCCCGCUUUACUGUAGCACCACACCAAGUAGCAUCUCGAGGAACAGAGCGUCAGCAGGCCCCACACGAAUAAACCCCGCCCCCCUGGGGGGAGGCCUGCUCAGCAGUUCAAUCGUUCUCUGUGGUGGAGCUACGCACCCAACUGUCAGAGAUCGUUGAGUGACUUUUUCACCAGGCAAAUCAAACCAAAACGAGCGGUUGGAUGAUGCCCCAGUCAUUCGCCUCAUUUCACACCCGCCCCACAUUUUUAGCCAUUUAAGAAUUUACUCACUUCUAUUUAUUUUGGUGUUUAUUGCUGUAAAUCUGGUUUAUUUAUUCAUAUCCAGAGUAAGUGUGGAACGUGGCACCUCUUCCUCAUCCCAUACCAUCUUCACAGCCACCUGCGCUGCCCGCCACAGAUCCCCGUAGACGUGACGACCGCGUACAUGUACAGCGAUAAAUACAGACACCAACAUGUCUGACGUGCCAUUUUGAUAGACUCGUGUAUAUCCUGUCCAGAUACGUAGAUCAGCAGGACUGCUCUGUUGUUUUCAUGAAGCACAUGCAGGUCGGGCCUGUGUGGUGGCAUGUACGAGGCAGUAUCCAUCUCCCGCCACUAGGUGUCCCCAUGCUGCUUACUCUCACUACUGAAGAGGGCGACACCAAGUUUCACUGGGAGACCCAAACUCUCUCAGUACAAGAACACUGGAAGUGUAAACACUGUAAAUUUAACCUGUGUGCUGGCUUGUCCAACGCUCCCUACAGUAUCCACGUACCACACUAAAGCAGUUCACAAAGCACGGACGACGAGGACGUGCUCUGCUCACUGGACUGGUUCUAAUGCAGACUGCAGGUACAAUAUAAUCAAGAAAUUUGUAACUUACCAAACCUGUACCACAAAAACAACAACAACAACAAAAGAAACUUCCUGCUUAUAUGCAUAAUGUUGCUUUGACUCUGCCUGUAACCUGCUUUUGACCUCUUUUUAUAUUCUCUCUCAACAACAAAGUAAUACCCCGCCGCUGCCUUUAGAAAUUCUAGAAUAGUAGAAUUUUUCUGAACUCCACCCGCUUCUGUGUGAGUGUCGAAACACAUGCAGUAGACUUAACAUUUCCAAUCGUUCUUUUUUUUUUUCUUCUUUCCUUCAUAAAAUUCACCACGCAAAUGACUAUGGAAUAAUAUUUAGGAAUGCUGCCAUAUAGAAGGACAGAUGCGGUGAGUCCAGAAAUUGUCCUACCUGAUGUUACUGACGUUACACUGGAAAUUGCACCUGAUAGAUGCAAUGUAGUUUAAAUUUUCUUAUGAAACCGUUUCAGUAAGACUUAAAACAUUUUGAUUUACUUGCUAGAUUAAAAAAAUAUAUAUAUACCUUUGAAAUUAUUUUGACACAUGUAUUUUAUGCAAAUUCUUCUAGGAUUGUGAAGCUCGCUGAGAGACGUGUUCCCUGUGUUACUUCUUUAUCAUUCCCGAGAAUCAUUCCGUGGGUUUACAUUAACUAUAGAGACGCCAGUGUCACCAUGACGGACGUGAAGGCAGCUUUGGUUACGAUUCCCUCUGCCUGGUGCACUGUUAACAGGUUUAGAACAAGAAGAAGAAGAAGAAGAAGACUGGGAGUUACAGAUACCUCCAAGCAAUGCCACAGUAAUACAGGUAUCACUGAUCUGUUAAUGUUAUUAUUUAUUUAUUUCUGUAUUUAAUGAAGCAACUGACUACUGUUUAUCAUAACUUACACAAAAUAAGAGUAUUAUUAACACCUAAUGAUGAUUUAUCCAGAAUUGUAUGAUUACUUCCUAUUGCCAAAACAUAAUUAAACCUGUUCAUUAAAAGUGACUUAGAUUCAAAUGGUUGUCAAAUGAAGGAUUUGAAGAAAGCGCAGUAAUACUCCCCCGUCGUGCUCGUGGUUUUCCUCUAAUACAACCAUAGUGCUGCUCGACUGCUACUCCAAUAAACUGCUCAUGAUGUGUUCUUAUGAAAUAUUUUGUAACACCUGAACCUCUCUGUGAAUACCCCCUCCCCGGGCCUCCCUCGUCGAGUCAGUCGCCCGGCUGCACUCGUUUGACUCUUUUGUAUGUAUAGUAAAACACUGAGAGCAAUACGCUGUAAGAAUCCUGAAGAAGCCUUGUUUUCUAUCGUGUCCGUGUGUGCGCACAGUUUUGUCUGAGGGCUGCGGAGGCCGAAAGGUCGGACCUGAGGCCUAAAUGUGAUGCCGGAUCUUUUUCUAUGUGCUUGACUGAGCUUGCCCGGUGUGGUGGAAGCUACGUAUGGAUGAGACCCUGGUGCUCCUGGCAGGCGAAAAACAACAAACGUUUGAGUCGUGUCCGGAAGGGUUUGUGUUUUGGUGUUACAGAGCAGAGGAUAAUCACCCCCAAACUGCUAGUCAUGCUUUCACUCUUUUUAAAAAGCUGUGCUUAUUCUCCUCCUCCUCCUCCCUUCUCCUGUCAUGACCUUGCUCUCUUUUUCGCAUUCUGAAAAGGUUGAAAGGGCAGCUACCUGUCACACUGAAUAAAACGU